AUGGGCACCGUUUUGUCCAUAUCCCCGGCCUCCAAGAAGGCAUCGAUCAUAGACGUGGAAUCAGGGGACGCUCACAAAAACGACAAGAGCCUAAAGAAGCACUCUAUGUUCGUUUCUUUAUCGUGGAAAAAGCUCGUGGCCAACCCGGCGAAGAAGAGCGCCAAGAAAGUGACGCCGAACCCCAUCGUGCCAUCCAACCAGGUGGCGCAUCUCAACAGCGAAAAUGCUAGAAAAACACACCAAACUGAAGAAAAGAAACCAAAAGCCCCUAUCCCCGUGCCAGUACCCACCGUCCCCGUAAACAGUGAGCAAAAUGGAAGACUUGGCUGCGUACAGAAGCAACCCAGUACUUUGUCUUUGCUGUCACCAAGACGCAUUGUUAUCCAGGCGUCCACCGGGGAGCUUCUACGAUGCUUAGCGGACUUCAUAUGUCGCAGAUGUUAUAAACUGAAGGAGUUGAACACAGGGGAGGUGAUCAUGUGGUUUCGGAACAUAGACCGGACACUGUUACUUCAAGGCUGGCAAGAUCAGGGCUUUAUUACGCCAGCUAACGUAGUCUUCGUGUAUCUACUGUGCGAAGAUACCAUUGAGGACAGCGUGGACAGCCCGGUGGUCCUACAGGGCACGUUUCAGACUUGCCUCUACCUUGCGUACUCCUACAUGGGCAACGAGAUCUCCUACCCCCUCAAGCCGUUCAUGAGCGAGGCCAACAAGGACGUUUUCUGGGAGACGUCGCUGCGCAUAAUCAACAGGAUGAGUGCCAAAAUGCUGCAGCUCAACGCGGACCCGCAUUUUUUCACCGAGGUUUUCCAAGAGCUGAAAAACCAACGUGAAACGAACGAGGCCAGCUUGGAUCGCUGA